AUGUACAAUGAAUGUCACGAGAGCAUAACCUCUCUCAACAGAGUUCCUAGAACCUGUUAUAUUGAGUCUGAGAACAAGGUCUUGCCUGUUUAUUCUUUGGAGGCUGAGUUUGCAAGGCCGCUGUGGAUUUUUGGCAUGAAUUCUUAUGAAUUUCUUCAAGGUCAUAUACAAAAAAACUUAAUUGCUUGCACUUACAGACAGCAGGGGAAGUCAUAUCUUGGAAUUAUUGAUGAUGAUCCAGACUCAAAGCUAACUCUGCUGGAUAUCCCUUUCACAGAUAUAGAUAACAUUACUUCUGGUAAUGAUUGCCUCUAUGUGGAGGGAGCGUCUGCUGUUUCUUCAUCAUCAGUGGCCAAGGUGACUUUAGAUAAUGAUAAAUCUAAAGCAGUUGACUUCAACAUUAUUUGGUCCUCCUCCCCAGAUAGUUUGAAGUAUACUUCUUACUUUAGUAAACCUGAGUUGAUUGAAUUCCCAACUGAAGUUCCUGGUCAAAAUGCUUAUGCAUACUUUUACAAACCAUGUAAUCCUGAUUUCCAAGCUAGUGCAGAAGAAAAGCCUCCAUUAUUAUUGAAGAGCCAUGGAGGACCAACCGCUGAAGCGCGUGGAAUUUUAAAUUUGAGCAUUCAGUACUGGACUAGUAGGGGUUGGGCUUUUGUUGAUGUUAAUUAUGGUGGAAGCACUGGUUAUGGCAGGGAGUUUCGCGAACGGCUUUUGGGACGUUGGGGAAUAGUUGAUGUCAAUGACUGUUGUAGUUGUGCUACAUACUUGGUUAACAGUGGAAAGGUAGAUGGGAAGCGGCUUUGUAUUACAGGGGGCUCUGCUGGUGGGUAUACCACCUUAGCAGCUCUUGCUUUUAAAGAAACUUUUAAGGCCGGUGCUUCUUUGUAUGGUGUAGCUGACGUGAACUUGUUGAGAGCGGAAACUCAUAAAUUUGAAUCUCAUUAUAUCGAUAGACUGGGUGGAGGUGAGAAAGGGUGCUAUGAAAGAUCACCAAUCAAUCAUGUUGACAAAUUUUCUUGUCCCAUAAUUUUAUUUCAGGGGUUGGAGGACAAGGUUGUACCACCAGAACAAGCUCGAAAAAUUUACCAGGCUCUAAAGGAAAAAGGUGUGCCAGUUGCUCUUGUUGAGUAUGAAGGAGAACAACAUGGUUUCCGAAAGGCUGAGAACAUUAAGUUUACACUUGAACAACAAAUGGUCUUCUUUGCACGAUUGGUUGGACACUUCAAUGUUGCUGAUGAUAUUACUCCCAUCAAAAUUGACAACUUUGAUUGAGAAUGGCAUUUUCAGUGGUACUGAUGUUCUCCUUCUCUGCAUCCAUGUUGAAGCAAGUCUUGAAAAAUCUUUAGUUCUCAAAUCCUUUUAGUGCUUAGCUGAAAUUCAGGUUUGGUUGAAUUUAUUGCACUCACGAGCCUCUUCUGCCACUGCACAAACUACCCCAUAGCCGUGGUAGCCUUCUUUUGCAGGUCUAUUUUUAGUGCUCUUUGCCAAAAGUUUGCAAUUUUGAGAGUUUCUACCGCAUCAAAUUUUCAUUGGGGUCAAUUUAGACCAUAAUCUUGUAUUACGGUUGAGUUUAUAUUUUGGACCUUUACUGAAAGUUACUGACAAGUUUGUUUUGGAUAAUAUAUAUGUUCUGCAUAGAUAAUAAAGAUAGACCAUAAACUGAUGUUAUUAACUUACAAGCUUAAUAAUACUAUACCACUGUGCAUUGU